AUUUAUAUUUUUUGUCAGUCUUUGAUGGUGAUUCGUUUGAUUACCAAUUCUGUAAUCUCUAUCUUUACAACUGAGUAGCGAUUUUGUUAGUUUAAGUCUUUGAAUUUUUUUGGGUGACCGAAUGUAAUCUGGUGGUUAAUUUUGUGUGACUGAAUGCAAUCUGGCGGAGCCGACAGCGGUGGGCAUGGCCGGAAUCUGGCAGGGCAGGCAGCGCCGACGUUGUCAGCCGCUGCAUCGCCGUUUUCUUCGUCUUCGGCGGCCUCUCACAUGGGAUUGGACUCAUUGCAGCAGCAGCAGAUGAUAGGUUCUUCUAGACAGUCAUUUCAACAGCAACUGCUUAGAAAACCUGAAGGGAGUGAAGCAGUGCUGCUAAUGCCAUAUCAAGCAGGCCUUCAAGGACUAUUUGGGAAUAACAAUUACUCAUCUCCUACUGCUGUGGAAUUGCCUCAGCAGUCUCGGAAAUUUAGUGAUUUAGCUCAGCACCGACCCAACCAGGGUCAAGGCAUUGAGAAACAAAUGCUAAAUCCUGUCCAACAAGCUUACUAUCAAUAUACUCUCCAGAGUUCUCAACAAAAGUCUGCUUUGGCAAUGCAGUAACCUAAAAUGGAAAUGUCAGGCCCCACAUCUGUUAAGGGUCAAGAAAUGCGAAUGGGAAAUUUUAAAUUGCAGGACCUUAUGUCUAUGUAGGCAAUCAAUCAUGGCCAAGGAUCAUCUUCUAGGAAUUCAUCUGAACAUUUUUCUCUUGGUGGAAAGCGGAUAGAGCAAGGGCAACAUUUGUCCCCCAUGUUGAAACCAAGUGAGUUUCGUUUGAUUACCGAUUCUGUAAUCUCUAUCUUUCCCGCCAUAUUUUGCAAGUGAGUUUCGUCCCCCAUGUUAAAACCAAGAGAAAGACUCACUCCAUUCUUUAAUCUGUUGGUCAUCUUUAUGCAACAUCUUCCUCCAAACGUUCCAAGAUUAUUUAGACCUAUUAGUUAGUACUUAUUAUUAUUAUUAUUAUUAUUAUUAUUAUUAUUAAGAAAUGGAAUGUUGUGCUAAUCCUUUAGGUUUCAUAGUGUAAUGUUUAUUUAUUUAUUCCUCUGUGUUAAUCCUAUAAACUUAUUCUAUAUAAAUUCUAUCUCUAUAAGGUUUAUACUUAUAAAUGUUAUAUAAUGAAUGAACCCAUGAAUGAAUCAAUUGGUUAAGUGCUAA